UGCACCCUACAGCUGAUUGCUUGUACGAGGGAGCCACAGCGGCUUGGGUUUCGCAUACACACGCCAUGGGCACCAGCAACGCGCGAUGGCUGAUGCUCGUGUCGUGUCUGGCCGUCAUGGCCCUGGCGGGGGGAGUAAAGGCGACGGUCGGCGGGUUCGCGAGGGCGGACGGGGCGCGGUUCACGGUGGGCGGCCGGCCGUUCUACCCGAACGGCUUCAACGCAUACUGGCUCAUGUACAUGGCGUCGAACCCCGCCGACCGGAGCAAGGUGCUCGACGUGCUGGACCAGGCGUCCCGCCUCGGCGCGACGGUCAUCAGGACGUGGGCCUUCAGCGAUGGGGGCAGCAACCGGCCGCUGCAGACCACCCCCGGCGUGUACAGCGAGGACGUGUUCGUGGGACUAGACUUCGUGAUCGCCGAAGCGAAGAAGCGAGGUCUCUACUUGAUCCUGAGCCUGGUGAACAACUGGGGUGACUUUGGUGGGAAGAAACAGUACGUGCAGUGGGCCAAAGACCAGGGCCACAACCUGGGCUCCGAGGACGACUUCUUCAGGGACGCCCUCACCCAGCAAUUGUACAAGAAACACGUCGAGAAGGUGCUGACGAGGAUCAACAGCUUCACGGGGGUGGCGUACAAGGACGAGCCCAGCAUCUUUGCAUGGGAGCUGAUGAACGAGCCCCGCGUCCCGACCGACCCCUCCGGGAAGACCAUGCAGGCCUGGGUCACGCUCAUGUCCUCCUACGUCAAGUCCAUGGACGAUAAGCACAUGGUGGAGGUCGGACUCGAGGGGUUCUACGGGGAGUCCACGCCGGAGCUCAAGCGGAUCAACCCUGGCGGAGACUCCGCGGGCACCGACUUCAUCGGAAACAACCGCAUCCCCACCGUCGACUUCGCCACCAUCCACUACUACCCCGACGUGUGGCUGCCGGGUUCGACCAGGGAGCAGCAGGUGGAGUUCUGGAAGACGUGGAUGGCCUCGCACAUCGAGGAAACGGCGAAGGCGCUGCGGAAGCCGCUGGUGGUGGCUGAGUUUGGAUGGAACUCCGUCGGCAGCGCGGUGGCGGCGCGGGACGACUACUUCCGCAUGGUGUACGACGCCAUCUACGCGUCGGUGAAGGGGGGCGGGCCGUGCGCCGGGGGCCUCUUCUGGCAGGUCCUGGCGCCCGGGAUGGAGAGCUGGGCCGACCGCUACGCCGUCGUGCUUGAGCGCAGCUCCACCACCGCCGCCAUCGUCUCCCAGGAGUUCGCUAGGAUCGCCGGAAUCACGCCGUGAGUCUAGCUUGCGUACAUGCAUCCAUGGGUGUGCGUUCCACCUCGCGCGCGCGUUGGGAAAGCAACCUGCAGGAAGCAAGGACCCACGAGUCGUGUUAGGAUAGUUGCAAUCGUCUAAUUAGGUGCCAGUACAGCCAUAUCCUUCGUUGCAUACAUUUUGCUAUAUUGUGCAUUUAAUUUGUGAUUUCAAAAUUUUAAAAAGACAUAACUUUCAAUCUGCGCAUUGGAAUUACGAUCCGUUUUCAUCAUUGUAAUCCUUGCGACGUGCUCUUCGAAACUAGAUUCCGUAUGGGUAUGUUUUGACGAAUUUUUUUGUGUGCAACUUAAUCCCUAUUCGGUGCAACUGUCUAGGAGUCAAUGUGCAACUACAUGACUGUCGAUGUGCAA